CCCGCCCCUGCUUACCAGGCUCCCGAGCCAGUGUAUUCCGCCCCCGCCCCUGCUUACCAGGCUCCCGAGCCAGUGUAUUCCGCCCCCGCCCCUGCUUACCAGGCUCCCGAGCCAGUGUAUUCCGCCCCCGCCCCUGCUUACCAGGCUCCCGAGCCAGUGUAUUCCGCCCCCGCCCCUGCUUACCAGGCUCCCGAGCCAGUGUAUUCCGCCCCCGCCCCUGCUUACCAGGCUCCCGAGCCAGUGUAUUCCGCCCCCGCCCCUGCUUACCAGGCUCCCGAGCCAGUGUAUUCCGCCCCCGCCCCUGCUUACCAGGCUCCCGAGCCAGUGUAUUCCGCCCCCGCCCCUGCUUACCAGGCUCCCGAGCCAGUGUAUUCCGCCCCCGCCCCUGCUUACCAGGCUCCCGAGCCAGUGUAUUCCGCCCCCGCCCCUGCUUACCAGGCUCCCGAGCCAGUGUAUUCCGCCCCCGCCCCUGCUUACCAGGCUCCCGAGCCAGUGUAUUCCGCCCCCGCCCCUGCUUACCAGGCUCCCGAGCCAGUGUAUUCCGCCCCCGCCCCUGCUUACCAGGCUCCCGAGCCAGUGUAUUCCGCCCCCGCCCCUGCUUACCAGGCUCCCGAGCCAGUGUAUUCCGCCCCCGCCCCUGCUUACCAGGCUCCCGAGCCAGUGUAUUCCGCCCCCGCCCCUGCUUACCAGGCUCCCGAGCCAGUGUAUUCCGCCCCCGCCCCUGCUUACCAGGCUCCCGAGCCAGUGUAUUCCGCCCCCGCCCCUGCUUACCAGGCUCCCGAGCCAGUGUAUUCCGCCCCCGCCCCUGCUUACCAGGCUCCCGAGCCAGUGUAUUCCGCCCCCGCCCCUGCUUACCAGGCUCCCGAGCCAGUGUAUUCCGCCCCCGCCCCUGCUUACCAGGCUCCCGAGCCAGUGUAUUCCGCCCCCGCCCCUGCUUACCAGGCUCCCGAGCCAGUGUAUUCCGCCCCCGCCCCUGCUUACCAGGCUCCCGAGCCAGUGUAUUCCGCCCCCGCCCCUGCUUACCAGGCUCCCGAGCCAGUGUAUUCCGCCCCCGCCCCUGCUUACCAGGCUCCCGAGCCAGUGUAUUCCGCCCCCGCCCCUGCUUACCAGGCUCCCGAGCCAGUGUAUUCCGCCCCCGCCCCUGCUUACCAGGCUCCCGAGCCAGUGUAUUCCGCCCCCGCCCCUGCUUACCAGGCUCCCGAGCCAGUGUAUUCCGCCCCCGCCCCUGCUUACCAGGCUCCCGAGCCAGUGUAUUCCGCCCCCGCCCCUGCUUACCAGGCUCCCGAGCCAGUGUAUUCCGCCCCCGCCCCUGCUUACCAGGCUCCCGAGCCAGUGUAUUCCGCCCCCGCCCCUGCUUACCAGGCUCCCGAGCCAGUGUAUUCCGCCCCCGCCCCUGCUUACCAGGCUCCCGAGCCAGUGUAUUCCGCCCCCGCCCCUGCUUACCAGGCUCCCGAGCCAGUGUAUUCCGCCCCCGCCCCUGCUUACCAGGCUCCCGAGCCAGUGUAUUCCGCCCCCGCCCCUGCUUACCAGGCUCCCGAGCCAGUGUAUUCCGCCCCCGCCCCUGCUUACCAGGCUCCCGAGCCAGUGUAUUCCGCCCCCGCUCCUGCUUACCAGGCUCCCGAGCCAGUGUAUUCCGCCCCCGCCCCUGCUUACCAGGCUCCCGAGCCAGUGUAUUCCGCCCCUGCUCCUUCUUAUAAAGCUCCAGAACCAGUGUAUUCAGCUCCUGCCCCUGCCUAUAAAGCCCCAGAGCCCACAUACGAGGCUCCUGCUCCUGCCUACAAGGCUCCAGAGCCUACUUACUCUGCUCCUGCCCCUGCUUACAAGGCCCCUGAACCUACUUACUCUGCUCCUGCCCCUGCUUAUAAGGCACCUGAACCCACUUACGAGACUCCUGCUCCUGCCUACAAGGCUCCCGAGCCUACUUACAAGGCUCCUGCUCCUGCCUACAAGGCUCCCGCUCCUGCCUACAAGGCUCCUGAGCCUGCAUACAAGGCUCCUGCUCCUGCCUACAAGGCUCCUGCUCCUGCCUACAAGGCUCCUGAGCCUGCCUACAAGUACCCUGAGCCAACCUAUGAAACUCCUGCCCCAGCCUACAAAGCUCCUGAGCCAUCAUACUCAGCUCCUGCUCCCGCCUAUAAAGCUCCGUCUUACGAGCAUAUGAAAUUCGCGACUCUCUACCCGCAGAAGGGAAUGCCUUUCGACUUCGCCUACGGUGUCGUAGACGCUUACACUGGCAACGACUUCUCCCACAACUCCAACUCAGACGGCAACGUCGUCAAGGGCGAAUACCGCGUCGUUCUUCCCGACGGCCGCACUCAGAUUGUCUCCUACACGGCCGAUCACGAGACUGGCUAUGUGGCUGAGGUCAGCUACGAGGGCGAGGCUCAGUACCCCGAAGCCAAGCCCUACCAGCCAGCCCCUGCCUACUCCGCCCCUGCUCCCGCUUACUCCGCCCCCGCCCCUGCAUACGAAGCCCCAUCCCCUGCCUACGGCACUCCGGCUCCAACCUACGAGACACCUGCACCUCUCUACGGCGCGCCCCACAGCUAAGCUUCCCCUACUAGUGCACUGGCCGUACGUAAGGACGAAAAUAUUUAUAUGACAUUUCAAAUAAAAUGAACCUAUGAAACCAUGA